CAAUACUAGGCGAGAUGGAAAAAAUGUUCAACCCGUUGGAGAUGAAAGUAAAGCGGAAUGAAGGACACGAUAUUUCGUCCGCAUUUUCAGAACAGUUUGUCUCAAUUUUAGAAAAUCUACAAAGUGUCAUGAAGAAACACACAUACCGAAUCAAUAAUCAUCCUAUAAAAGAUGCCAAUGCUAUUCCUGAUGAGAUGAAAACACUGAAUAAUUCUUCUAAUAAUUUCAUUUCUUUGAAUGAUGUCAAAGUUUCAUUGGCUUUUCCAAUCGCUCGUGAAGAAACAUGUGACCCGCUUAGUCACACUCAGGCACAGAUCGUCUAUAAUGUAACGCUGCAGUUGGAGGGAAUAGUUACAAUAAUGAGCAAUUCAAGCAUUGCUGUCGCCCAUAUUUAUUUUUGGGCGAGGAACCGUUGCACGAUUAGUACCUUUAAAAACGACAGUAACGGAGAAUUUCAACUAGACGUCAUCUGUGAAAACAUGGAAGUGAGUAAGAGUGCCUAUGAUACAUAUGAAGUAUUUUAGUAAGGAAUUUUAUCUCUUAAAACAAGAAUUAUCUUACAGCUAAAAACGUUUCUUAGGUUCGAAUCAAACACUCGGCUGAGCACAUGCUCGAAAGUGUAACAAACGAAGAAAAUGACUUGAAAAUUAAGCUCAAACAAAUUUCCACUGUAAUAAUAGAAACAAAAUUGCUUGGAGAUCGAACAUGGUUUGGCAAUGAAGUUCACAAUUUUUGUGAAGCUCCUCAUGUGAUUGCUGCCAAAGAAAGUUAUUCUCGUUUACUCAUCGAUCCACAGCAAUAUUUUUAUCCAGUAAAGGAGCUCCUCCAAGAAACGUCUUUAAUUUAUCACAUCAGGUUAUACGGAUUAUUCAAUUUCAAAUUACUAAAUCUGCAAAAGAGCGAGAAAGAGACGAAAUUUCAAUUCGAGGCGAGGAAUUUAACUGCUCGUAUUGUCUGGAAUUAUGUUUCGGAUAAUGCCCCAUCAAUGAAAUCUGAAACACUGGAUGUGCAAAUCGAAGCAAUUGUAUUGAUAGGAAACUUUACUGAGAAUUCAAACGAACUGCGGUUUUUUGACGAAUGUACACUGCUGCUGUCACCAAAUCAAGGAAACGUUGAAGAGCAAAAGACGUUGACAGAAAAUUUAAAUAAGUUCGUUAUGCCUCACGUUCAAUUUUCACUCAAAUCAAAAUACUGGUACAAUGUCACGAUAAUUCAAUCACAGGACCGGGCAGAUUCUAUACAAAGUGUCAAAGACUUCCAAUGGAUGACCUAUGGUUUUGAUCAAGAGUUACUUGGAGACAAAACUGACCUUGUAAUGAACUCAUUACGCGAGUUAAUCCUAAUUUUCAGACAGGCGUUUGGAAGAAACCUCUAUGAAGAAUUGUUCUCGCAAAAUCAAACAAAGGAAACAUCCUCGAGAAUGACCAACUUGGAAAACUCGCAAAUAUCUUUUAGAAUUUUCCGAACUGGUAACAACAUGUUUUUGUAUACUGAUGAUAUUGAAUGCCAGCCUCGAAAACAUUUACAAGUAAGUAGUUACUUAUUCAUUACUACUACGUAACUACAAUAUAAAACUGCUCGGCAAAACGAGAAAAAAACAACUACAUUUUGUCAGGUCUCUAUAUUUUACAAUACUGACAAUGAGACUCAUAGUACAAAUAUUUGUCCAAUUUGUCCAUAUACCUAACUAAAUCUUAAAUUUUAAAAACUACACAUAUGUUAGGUACAUUUUAUGAGCCUAUGCCUAUACUGGCUAAUUCCAAUUCGUCACACUUCAAACUCCACACAGUUUCUUUUAACUAUACCGCUCUUCUUUAAAGUACCAAAGUACCUACCUAUAUAUGUAUUCCAACAAAAACAAACCAUAGUGCAACUGAUGCAAGCAUCACAUGGUAAUGUAGGUAGGUAUACGGUAUAAUGUACAUGGUAACUUUGUAAACUUGAAUAGCAAACUAAUACUACCUACUUUUUAAAAAUAUUAGGCGUAAGAAUAGUUGCAUAACCCACUUGCCUAAAUACUUGUAUUAUCAGUAAGUUUUCAAAUUAAGUACAUAUUUCGAGUAAUUUUUACAUGGGGUUUUGAGGUUCACAGAAUUUCUUGGAACCUCGAAAAAGAGAGGAUCUUCCUC